AAACCAUAGUAGUAUACGCCGCGACUGCAGCGUGAACCCCUUGGAACAGAAAGAACCGCGGGAGCUGAAAUUUGCAUGCCAAUUUGGUUUGGCAGGAUAUUCGCAGCAGGGCACACUCGAGUUUUCGAAGCCUCGCGAGUCUCGCUGUCGUGAAAUAUUUUUAGAAGGAUGCUCUGUUCCCGCUAAUUCACCCACGCCGUUCUGCCGCUUGGGACGGGUUAAGAGGUGUGCAUGUAACCAACAAAGAGUCCCAGACACCGUACCAAAUGCUAAAGCCUCCCGCUCGCUUUUAGAACUCCGUUAUCCUCCAACAUCGAACCCCAACUUUCACAAGUGCGCUUGCCACAGAGCCGUGCUUGCAGUCUCUUCUAGCUGUUAGCUAUUCAGCGGCCACAGUCGCAGUGCCCUGUACAUGCGAUGAAAGAUGCACUUAUUAUGAGCGUAGUGGCGUCUAUUUUAGCUAUAAAAUAAUGUACUACCAGUACUGAAGGACUGGUAAUACGCACGUUUGCACACUGAAAACCUUUUUGCCAAGCGCCGGUGUUAAGUUGGUCCUGACACAUGGCAUCAAAGUUUUCUCCGCGGUGCACGCGUUAUGCCAGUCUAACUUUUGCAUUCGUUUAAAAGAAUAGAUAGAUCAUUAAGUAAACAAUGACAAAGGCGUGCGCAGUUCGAUUGCGCUUUCGUUUAACACGGUUGGCGAGGCGAGCUGCCGUCUCCCGUGGCAACUCGUUAUGUUUACAAGCGACCAACUACCGAGAGGGCCACCAGCAGCAUGAAGGCUGUCUUCACGCUUCCGGAGAAAACACACGGUCCCGGGCCAGUGUUCUUCACAUGGCAAAAGUCGAGCGGCAAUUAUCUCGUGACGACUGGCUACGAUCAGACAGUGAACGUAUACGACCGUCACGGCGAGCGAAAAGAUCAAAUCAGCCUGCCUGGAAUGUGCACGGGGUUGGGCUACGACAAAGACGGCGACACGCUGGGGAUCAUCACGGACCGAUCGGCGCGGCUUUUCUUGUGGGACGCCAACACCCAGCAGUUGGCCCAAGUGGACACGGGCCUCAGGGAUGUGUUGACAUUGCUUCUGUGGGCCAAGACGGGGCCGUUUCUGGCUAUUGGGACCUCAAAGGGGAACCUGCUUAUUUAUCAUCAUCGAUCCUGCAGAAAGGUGCCUAUUUUGGGCAAACAUGCCAAGAGGAUCACCUAUGGUGCCUGGAGCCAGCAAAACAUGCUAGCCUUGGUUGGCGAAGACAAUGUACUGACGGUCAGCAACCAAGAAGGAGACACACUAUGCCAAACGACACUCAAAUCAGAAGCGACACUGGUGCAGUUCUCUUGCAUGAAAAAGGAUGAAAGAAGCACAGCUGAAAACACUGUUAGUCUGGUGUUAAAUAAGAAGACCCUGCUGCUACUUGAUAUUUAUGACCCAGAAAAUCCCUAUGUUCUUGCAUUCCAGGAAAUGUAUGGGAAGAUAAUAGAGUACAAAUGGUAUGGAGCAGGCUACAUCCUUCUAGGAUUUACAAAUGGUUACUUUGUAACUAUCUCAACUAGUCCUAAAGAUAUUGGCCAAGAGAUGAUGCAAGUUCGCUGUCACAAGCAAUCACUGUCACACAUUGCAAUAUGCCUGGGCCAGAACAAAGUGGCAUCAUGCAGUGACAAUAUUAUCAAAGUGUAUGACCUUUCUGACUUGCAAGAUGUGCAGUCUGUUGUUACUGUUGACGAUGUGCGCAAGAUUGAAUGGCUUGACUGGUCUGAUGAUGGCCAAUUUCUGGGAGCAGGAGGUGCAGGGGGUAGUUUGCAUGUAUUUCUCACAAAGCUCCCCACUUUGGGCUAUAGCCUUGGUCACCGGUUUGCUUAUCUCACAUCUCUCACUGAGGUAACUGUAGACAGUGUCACAGAGCCAGAACUUCACAUGACACUCAGGGUGGAUAUUGAGCCAAGUUUCAUCGCUUUAGGUCCAUUUCACCUUGUUGUAGGUAUGAACAAUCACGCUUGGUUUUAUGCAUUGGGUGACAAGUCGAUGGUUCCGCUUCAUGACAAAGAAUACUUAGGAACUGUGAAAAAUAUGAAGCUAAAUGGCGACUAUGCUGCAGCUCUAUUUGAUAGCAAACUGCAGCUGCAGCUCAUUGAAAUUGAAAACAGUGACCUCGAAGAACGAGAAAGCAAGCUGUUUCCAGACUCAACUCAUGGCAAUGUCAAAAUAUUGUGCCACACAGUUACAGAUGACUUUUUGAUAUAUGGCACGGACACAGGUUUUAUAGAAUUUUUUUUUCUUGAGGACUGGACCAUCAUCAAUAGGUACAAACACUCCAGUGGAAUCCGACAGCUUCACCUAGACCCAUCAAAUACGCGGCUAGUGGCUGUGGAUGACCGGUCACAAGGGUUUGUAUACAACCCCGUGAAUGAUCAUGUGAUAGACAUUGCAAACAUACCUCCAGCUGCUAGGGGUGUUUUCUGGGACCAGCAUUUGGACAACAGAGGUUGCUUUGUAGUGUUUGAUGACCAUAAUGUCCAUGUCUAUAUGUAUGUUUCAGACACAGUGGUAGGUGCCCUUGUAGAGGCUGUUCGUAAAAUCAGCAUCCCUUCAGGGCAGCAUCCACUACUAUUGCAUAAUGGCAGCUUGACUUGUCAGACACAGAGUGGGAAAACAGCACUGCUACUAGUCACGGGAACAGAAGACAAGGGAAAGAGCACUGCUGCUCACCAACGAGAAGUGCUUGCAGAAUGCCUCAAAUUGCGCAGGUUUAACAAUGCCUGGCAGGUGUGUGAACAUCUGAAUUCAAAAAAAGAGUGGACUGAAUUCGGAAACAGUGCCCUAUUUAAUUUAGACCUUGACUUGGCAAUACGAAUUUUCCGGCAAAUUGGUGAUGUUGGAAUGGUGUGGUCACUGCGGGAGCUGUGUGAAAUUGAGGACAAAAAUCUUCUGGCAGCCUAUUUAGCCAUGUUCAAAGGAGACUUUGGGGUUGCACAAGAGCUCUUCCUGGCAUCCAGCCAGCCAACAGCUGCAUUACAAAUGCGCCGUGACCUGCUGCAUUGGGAACAGGCAUUGCAGCUUGCAAAGCGCCUAGCUCAGCAACAGAUACCUUUCAUUUCAAGAGAGUAUGCACAGCAGCUUGAACUUGCCAAUGACAAUGCCAGUGCAUUAACCUACUAUGAGACUGGCAUAACAAAUGAUCCACAGUACAUAGACCAUGAUAAAGCCUGUCGUGCAGGCUUAUCACGCACAUCACUUCGAUGUGGAGACAUUCGAAAAGGAGUCAAAGUUGCCAAGGAGCUCAACAGCAGAACACUGUUGCGGGAGUGUGCGGAAAUUCUUGAAAGCAUGAAGCAAAACCAAGAGGCAGCUCCGCUUUAUGAACAGGGAAACUACUAUGAGAAAGCCGCCAACCUUUACAUAAAACUUAAAAAUUGGAACAAGGUUGGUGAACUGCUCCAGUACAUAACGUCACCAAAAAUAUAUGCACAGUAUGCUAAGGCUAAGGAAGCUGAUGGACGGUUUGCAGAGGCAGCAAAAGCUUAUGAGCAGGCACAUGACAUUGAAAAUGUUGUUCGCAUACAGUUGAAUAACCUAAACAAUCUGGAAGAGGCAGUACGGCUGGUUAAAGAGACAAGGUCAAUGGAGGGUGCAAAACUUGUGGCCAAGUUCUUUCAGAAGCUGGGAGACAGUGUAUCUGCAAUACAAUUUCUAGUGCUUUCAAAGUGCACAGAUGAAGCUUUUCAGCUAGCGAAAAGUUGCAAGCAGAUGGAUGCCUACGCUGCCGCCAUUGGUGACAAUGGGUCUCCUGAUGACUUCAACAGUAUUGCUACUUACUAUGAGGAAGAGCGCAAUAAUUUCGAUGCUGGUAAGUUCUACCUUAAAGCUGGCCAGUACAAGCAAGCCAUAAAGCUUCUUCUAAAGGCAACUACAAAAGAUGAUGAUGAGCCAAUCAACCUAAUUGUUCAAGCUGCGGCAGCAGCUGCUGAUGACCAGACAACCAGGCAAGUCAUUGAAUUUCUCAUGGGUGAAACUGAUGGAGUGCCAAAAGACUUCAAGCACCUCUUCAGGCUGUACAUGGGGCUUCGUCAAUACAAGGAAGCAGGCAAAACUGCUGUUGUCAUUGCACGUGAAGAGCAGAAUGCUGGAAACUAUCGGAAUGCGCAUGAUGUCCUACUGAGCAUGUACCAGGAAUUACGAAAGCAGCAGAUCAAAGUUCCUGCUGAAAUGCACCACAACCUGAUGCUUCUUCAUAGCUACAUCCUGGUGAAGGUCCAUAUUCGUCAUGGUGGCCAUAUGCAGGCUGCUCGGCUGCUAGAGCGUGUGGCAAACAGCAUCAGCCGUUUUCCAGCACACACAGUUCCGAUUCUGACCUCAGCUGUGGUAGAAUGUCAGCGAGCUGGUCUCAAGAACUCGGCGUUCACCUACGCCAGCACCCUGAUGCGACCCGAGUACCGUAGUCAGAUCGACCCCAAGUAUCGGAAGAAGGUGGAAGCCAUAGUGCGCAAGCCCCACCGGGAGCAGGAAGAAGCAGCUCACUCCCCCUGCCCUUUCUGCAACUUCAGCCUGGCUGAAAUGGAGUUGCUCUGCUCCCAGUGCACAGCCAACCUGCCAUUCUGCCUGGCCACGGGCAAGCACAUUGUGAAAGAUGACUUCACACAAUGUCCAAGGUGCCACUUCCCUGCCAUCCACACACAGUUCCAUGACCUGCUUGCAUUGGAGACAAACUGCCCCAUGUGCCUUGAGCCAGUAUCUGCCGACCAAUUGCAGCUUGGACAGUUUGAGCCACAGGUAUAUGCAGAUACAGAGGAGUAGUAUCAAAAUCAAGCAGUUUACAAAGACAGAACUUGCACUUCAUUCUUUUUGCUUUGACCCUUGAUACUGGAACUACAAAUUAGAGGCACAAAGUUUGUGUCCCUUUAGCCUUUGCUCAGCAUGUGUAAUCAACUGGUAUGAAAAGAUUUUGUAAGGAGCAAAUAAAUUUUUUUUAAAUAAAAAAUAAAGUUUACGUCAGAAAUAUAAUUCUAUGACAUGCUGUUGUUUUUGUUGUGAAAAAUAUUUUGAACUGCCAGAAGACUUCAAGCAAUAAAAACUUUAAUGUCCUAAGUACAUGGUACCGCUAUACUUCUCAUGAUGUCCUAUGGCUCGCUUAGAACCAGUUUGCAUUCUUCUUCAAAGAUGUACUCAUCUGGCCAACAUUUAGUGCACGACGGUCCAUGCAUGUUUAUUGUUGGGUACAAGGUAUUGUGGACUAUGCAUGUUGCGACAAAUGAAUUUCCUUGAAUUGUUGUUCCAUAGCCCAGAAUCCAGAGGUAUAGCCGGACUUCAGGCUGUCAGCAUCAUAGUGCACCCAU